AUGUCCUCCACUCACCUCAACGAACCCGGUGGCGGCUUGAGAGAUGUGGCCAAGUCCUCAGUAUCACCGUCUGAAGGCGCCGUCUCCGGCCGCAACACUGUGCUCUCAAACAAGCUUACAGGUGUCUUAUCGCAAUCUUACGCCGACCCUGAGAUCAGAGAAAGCCUUUCAAUCUUGGAUGCUCGAGGCGUGGUAAACGAUGCUAGUGCUAGGCGAAGGCUAAGACUCGAUGCACAGAAGGAAGUCAUUGAAUGCAAUGGUGCCAUAGUACAGGACUUUGGAGUUGUUGUAGAGCAAUUAGAGCGUGUUGGCACAAUGAUUGCAGAUUUGAAUAAGACAUGUGAAGAGAUGCGAACCCAGAUCCAUAAAGCUCAGCAGGAGUCUGGCUCUAUGCUAGAAGAAGCAUCAACCUUGACAGCACAGAAACAGGCAGUGGAGACAAAGCAGCAGUCCCUCAACGCUUUCAACAACCAUUUCAUUGUUUCAGAAGACGAUCUGACAACGCUGACCAACUCGACCAAACCUGUUGAUGAUAGAUUCUUCCAAAUCAUGAAUCGCGUCAAACAAGUCCGUAAAGAUUGCGAAGUUCUGCUUGGCAACGAGAACCAAACCCUUGGGUUGGAGCUUAUGGAGCAGACGUCUCGAAAUCUGAACGCUGCAUUCAAAAAGCUUAACACCUGGAUCCAACGAGAGUUUCAGAUGCUGGAUCUUGAAGAUCCACAUAUCAGCGCCACAAUCAGACGAGCUCUUAGAGUCCUGGCAGAGAGGCCGACACUGUUCCAAAAUUGCUUGGAUUCCUUCGCCGAGGCUCGAGAGCACGCGCUGUCCGACGCUUUCCAUAUCGCUCUCACCCAGUCCGCUACCACGGUGGUGACUGCAGCUAGACCUGCCAACCCCAUAGAAAUGCAAACCCACGAUCUCCUCCGAUAUGUAGGAGACAUGCUUGCAUGGGUUCAUUCCACAACGGUAUCGGAACGAGAAGCACUGGAAGGUCUCUUCAUUUCAGAUGGAGACGAGAUCGCGAAAGAGAUUCAAGCUGGAAGAGACAAUGAGCCGUGGUCUCGAAACAACAUCGGAGAAGACGAGACAGGAGACAGCGCAUCAGUAUUUGACGGUCGCAAGGCACUGAACGAACUAGUCAACCGUGAUCUUGAGGGUGUGAGUCGCGUCCUUAAACAGCGAAUUGAAAUUGCUGUACGCAGCAAUGAUGACCCACUGCUCGUGUACAAGGCAUUGAACUUGUUCAGGUUCUACCAAGACAUCUUCAUCAAACUUGUUGGUGCUCCGUCGAUCCUUGGAAACACCAUUGCAGAGCUCCAGACCUCAACCUUUUCCCAUUUCGAGCGGUUACUUCAAGAUGAGACCUCUACCCUUGCAAACGAGACUAUACCAGAAGAUCUGAGCUCACCACCGUUUUUGCUUCGGGAGUUGGACCAGCUCAACUCUUUCCUAAAAGCUAAUCCGGACAUAUCUGGGCCGGAGAUAUCCCAGCUACUCUCAGCCGCACUUGUUCCAUUCCUAAACCAAUGCUCAGAAAUGGCUACCGUUGUUACAGACCCUACAGCGCAAAAUGUCUUCCAGCUCAACUACCUAUCCGCCGUCAAUACUGCGUUACAACCAAGUCUUCCACCCAACCAUAGCUUCCUCGAAGCUGCUCGCAGGAAGGUAGGAGAUCUACGAGAAGAGUUGAUCGAAAUGCAGCACUCAUUCCUCCUACGUAAGUCCGGCGUAGAGCCACUUCUCGCCGCCAUUCGUGAAACUAAAGCAGGAGCCCCGACCCGGAUCGAUCUGGCCUCAUUGCCGGUCUUCAACGCAGAAGCUCUCUCUAGUCGUGCGGCACAGCUAGACGACUUCCUUCCCUCGGCCUGGAUGGAUCUGUUGGAGAACAUGAAACGACUGACAGAUAAGAGUCUGGCGAAGGAUGUCGCGCAUGAGGCGGCAGAGAGGUUCUGCGCUGAUUUUGGGGCUGUGGAGGAGGCGGUGUUGAGGGUCGAUGAGCUGAUGCUGGAUGGCAAGCGGGGAGGGGAGGGCAAAACCGGGGGUGAGUGGGAUGGUGAGCAGGAAGAGGAGACAUUGCUGAGAGAGGUGUAUCCGAGGACUACAGCAGAGAUCAGAGUGCUGUUGAGCUGA